UUAUCCUGGAGGAGCUGGACUAACUGUGCAACCUGAAUGGGCUGCAACUGCCGCAUAAUGCUAACAGUAGUGACAAGGAUACUAGAAAAAUUGCCAAAUUAGAGAAGAAUUAGUCAGGAUGGAUAAGCAGAGAGUGAUUGUAUGUGGUCACCACCUGCAAAACAGUUUCCUUUUUUGUAUCUUGCUGUUGCCUCUUCAGUGCAUCUUUUGUGACUUUCCUUUGCAGCAAAGCAGGUCUAACAUGAUACCUGGACAAUACAGCUGAGCUCGGAUGGUUUUUGCACAUUUGGCAAAAGAAACAUCUGCCCAUAAGCAAGGGUGUUUGAAUUGAAUUUUCACCACCUGCAGCAUCUACAAGAGACAAUGUACUGCCUCCAGUGGUUACUUCCUGUCUUGCUGAUUCCCAAGCCGCUAAACCCAGCUCUGUGGUUUAACCAUUCAAUGUUUAUGGCCUUCUACCUGCUCAGCUUCCUGCUGGAAAGAAAGCCGUGCACCAUUUGUGCCUUAGUGUUCCUUGCAGCGUUGUUCCUUAUCUGCUACAGCUGCUGGGGAAACUGUUUUCUCUACCACUGCCAUGACUCUACACUGCCAGACUCAGCACACGAUCCGCACAUUGUGGGCACCUAGACUGCAGAUUCUCCAGAAAUCCUUCUUAGAUCCUGGACAAUCUCAGACUGCGAAUAUUUGAAACCUAGAACAAAAAUGCUGAGAAAUGUACCCAAGAUCAGAACCUCACAGCAGUCAUACUGUAAAUUAUUAAAAAAUUUACCCCUUGGAGGUGAUGUAUUCUUAAUUCUGCAAGGCAAAGGGUUUUGGUUAUUGGACACAUAAGGGGCUUUUGGGGUUUUCUCUGUUGCAAUCCUUCUGCACAGCCUUCUUUUAAUUUGUGGAUGAUGCUAAAGGAUUCAGAUGGUUGAAGUUAGUGUGUUUGAGUUUGUACAAUAUUACUUUGUUUCUGUCUGUCAUGGGCUGAAUGUUCUAAAAGAGCUUGCUAGAGGUCAAGAGUAUUAAAAUUGAGCUGUAUAUGCAGCUCAGUCAAGCUCAGUUUGUUUAAAUGUUGUUUCAGCUUUUAAUUCAAUAAAGUUCAUAAUGAGUCAAUUG